CUUUUGAAUUGCACAGGGACAAUACUUUUCUGGAAGCUCUUACCGUAUAUAUCUACUUGGAAAUCCUAUAAUUUGGUGGAGUAAUUUGGCUUUUCUACUAUUAUUUAUAUUCGUGUCUUCAGUCACUAUUAUCAAAAAACGACGUUUAGAUGGCCGACGAUUAAUGGAACGAGCAGCAAUGCAGUCCGCGGAAGAAACAUACUCAUAUACUGGCAAACAAAAAAUACAACAAACAUCAUUAAAUGCAGCAUUUUGGUUAUUCAUCGGAUGGAUUACACAUUACGUACCUUUUUGGACAAUGGGCCGUAUUCUCUACUUUCAUCACUAUUUUCCAGCCUUAAUUUUUAACUCAAUGUUGGCAGGUGUUAUGUUUAACUACGUAUUAAGCCACUUGCCGAAAUGGAUGCAUCAUACAUUGCUUGGUGGAAUGAUCUCGGGACUAGCCUAUAGUUUUAAAUUAUUUUCACCCCUCGCCUAUGGUAUGAGCGGACCGUUGUCGAAUGAACCCAACUCCACAAUGUAUGGACUUAGAUGGCUUUCAUCAUGGGAAUUUUAAUAUCGAAUCAAAUUUAUUUAAGUAAAUCUGUACAUUUAUAUCUACACAUUUGUAACAAAAAUAAACUAUAUUGUGAGUUACUAUUUCA